AUGUCACUUCAUAAACUGUUUGUGAUCUCUCUAUGUUUCAUAUCAACGGUGAGUUUUUUUCUGGUUCAGGGAUCAGAGAGAUAUCUUGAGAAGAUAUCAGCUGUUUUCUAUAGCGCUUCAAAUGUUUUUUAUUCCAGAUUUUAUGUAGUUAUCGAAAUGCAAUCGUUCAUUUUGAUUUAAAAGGCGCUCCACCAAAAGUCGCAUAUUUCAAACAACUUUUAACAACAAUUGGAGAUCUUGGAGCGACUGGUGUAUUGUUAGAAUGGGAGGUAUGUUUAUACAUUUUACUUUCUUUAGUAAAUAUCUUUUUCUCUCCUUUUCAGGACAUGUUUCCAUUCAAAGGCGAUUUGGCAAGAGUGGUGAAUGGGAAUGCGUAUACAGAGGAAAAUGUUAUUGAUAUUUUACAACAGUAAGGGUUUUUAUAAAAAUAUAGAGGGUUUAGAAAUUUAUGAAAACAAACAUAAUUUAGUGCCCAACUUCUUGGACUUGAAGUUAUUCCACUGGUUCAGAGUUUGGCGCAUAUGGAAUGGAUUUUGAAAACUGAAGAAUAUGCAGAUUUACGAGAAGAUGAAAGAUAUCCCAUGGUUAGUUAUAAAAAUGAUUAGCCUAUUUAGGCUUGGGUUGGUUUUGAGAAAAUAUUUAGAAAAAGCACUCUCAUCAUUUUGUAGUUCAAAAGGUCAUUUCAUAAGCUCGAACUUUUAUAUAAUUUUUUUCAAAACCCAUUAAAACUUAUCAUUUUGUUAGAAAUUCUCUUUCCCACCAAUUCUACCUCAAAAAAUCUCAAAAUUUUCAGGUGGCAUGUAUCGGAGAUCAAAGAUCACUAAAAGUAGUCCUAGACGCUGUCAAUCAAAUCAUAUCAAUGCAUUCAAAAUUUUCCUCGAAAUAUAUUCAUAUCGGCGCUGAUGAAGCGUUCCAAAUCGGCAUCUGUGAUGCCGACAAAGAAGUGUUGCCAAUAAAAUAUGGCAAUGACACACUUCGAAUGAUUUUUGAUCAUUUAAGCACAGUUGCCAAUAAUGUUACAAGAGAAUAUCCGGGAACAAAAGUGUUGAUGUGGUUUGACGAAUUCCGUAGUGCUCCACCAGAAUUGGUGCAAGAAUAUUAUUUGAAUGAAUUGGUUGUACCUGUGGCGUGGAAGUAUACAGCUAAUUUGGAUAAGGAUUUGCCAGAACAAAUGUGGAGGAAUUUGUCAUAUUCUUUCAAAGAAGUUUGGGGUGGAAGUGCGUUUAAAGGUGCAGAUGGUCCAAGUGCUUAUUGGAAUCGAAUGAAACCAUAUAUUCUGAAUAACAAAGCGUGGUAUUUACAAAAUGAGAAACAUCAACAUCUUUUCGAUAGAUUUGAUUCAAUCAUCCUGACAGGUUGGCAAAGGUAUAUUUUUUUUGAAAUUAUGUAAUUGAUUUUCCUAAUUUCUAAAUUUUUUUUAGAUAUGAUCAUUUCGCCUCUCUAUGUGAACUUUGGCCAACAUCAAUGUCAUCGUUGGCAUUGAAUUUGAUAGUCUUGUCAAAAUUUCAUGUAGAUGGUGAGAAAUGAAGAAACAUUGAUCAUAAUACGAUUAAUUUGCAGAUGAAACAGCUGAUCUUGCAAUGCGCACAUUGAAUUGUCCGAUUACAACAACCCUUGAUCAAUUAUUAGCUGGUUCUGAUCGAUGCCGAUUCCCGGGUUAUCGUGUUAGAGAUGCAAUUCGUGAUUACAUCCAAUUGAAAAACUUUUUUGAUAAUUCGACUUGGGUACAUAAUCGGUUAGUUUUCUUCUUCAAUUGACAAUUAGAAACUGUUAACUCCCAGGUGGGACAGUCUUUCAAAAUACACUAUACUGUCAAAAUUUUGUUGAUGUUGCUGGAGUUUUUUGUCCAUGCCAUCCUGGAUCGAAUCCUUUUGAACGUUUCCAGCGGUGUGAUUUCUGAAAAACGAAAAAAAAAACAAAAACGUUCAAAAUGAGACACCGAGAAUGAAAAUGAAAAAUCAAAGCACGAUCUGACCCGCAGACACUUCUUUGAUUUUUACACUUUCAUCGAGAACCGUCCGUAUCAAAUUAGAUUAAUUUAGUGAAAAUGGUUGGCUUCAAUCGUCGCAAAUGCGCAUCGCUGCCAGCAAUCCGUACUAUGUUGAUGCAAUUGGUCAAGCAUAUGGUAGAACUCUCAAAAAAUUGGAUACAAUUAUCAAAAAUCUCAGAAUUGCUAUGGAUGAUUUGUUUUUCGAAGAUGUUGCCGAGGAGUUUGUGGUAGAUAUUAUUAUGCCAUUCUAUGAUGAUUUGAAGAGGAGGUAACCAAUUUUAUCUCACAAAGUUUUCCUGAUAAUCCUGUUAUUUUUUUUAGGAGCGAGAGUGUUUCCCGAAUAGGAACCAAGCGGUCUUAUAUUCCAAGGCCGUGGUUUGGAAAUGGGAAUGGCAACAAUCGAGCAGCUCGACUAAAAUAA